AUGCCGAUGACCAGACCCGACGCCGUCAGAGACAAAUUCUACGAGGACCUGCACGCCCUCCUAGCGUCUGUGCCGAAGGCGGACAAGUUGAUUGUCCUUGGUGACCUCAACACCCGCGUCGGCACAGACCAUACUGCCUGGAGAGGAGUGCUCGGUCCCCACGAUCUCCGAGACUCCAACGACAAUGGUCGACUGCUUCUCCGCACCUGCGCAGAACACCGCCUCACCCUGACGAACACCUUCUUCUGUCUGCUGGAGCGAGAGAAGGCCACCUAG